UCCAAAUUUCAGCUACCCCAAUGUUAGCGCGACGACGACGACGGAGUCACUCACCACUCCCUAACUCCAUUACUCAAAAGGAAUGGCUCUCACACUCUCACCGCCUCACCUCUCGCUCUCCCCUCUCCAACUCCAUGCCUCCUCCAUGUCUAUCCUGCGCCACCUUAACCUGCGCACCCGCCGAACCUUCUCCUCAAUCUCCGCCGCUGUCCGCCAAGACACCGCUGUCUGGACCCAAGCCCCUCUCACCCUCAUCUCCCCUGCCGCCGAGUCUCUCUUCCACGUCAGCAUCGACGUCUCGGAUUCUCCCGAUCUCGCUGCAUCCCACUCGCGGCCCGGGCAGUACCUGCAGCUCCGCGUCCCUGAUGCUGCCAAGCCUGCCUUCCUCGCCAUCGCCUCCCCGCCUUCUCUCGCUGCUUCGAAAGGCGAGUUCGAGUUCCUGGUGAAGACCGUCGCGGGUUCCACUGCCGAGCUUCUGUGCGGUCUCCAGAAAGGAGAUGUGGUCGAAUUGAGUCCGGUGAUGGGGAAGGGAUUCGACGUCGAUGCGAUAUCACAGCCGGAGUUGUUCCAGACAGUGCUGAUCUUCGCGACUGGGUCCGGAAUCAGUCCAAUCCGGUCCCUCAUCGAGACAGGUUUCAAUGCUGAUAAGAGAUCAGAUGUACGGCUUUAUUACGGGGCUAGAAACCUUCAGAGAAUGGCCUAUCAGGAUAGGUUCAAGGAUUGGGAAUCUUCUGGUGUUCGAAUCGUACCCGUAUUAUCACAACCGGAUGAUAGAUGGAAAGGAGAAAGUGGCUAUGUACAGGUUGCUUUUGCUAGAGCCAAACAAAUAUCCAACCCUUUGUCCACUGGUGCAGUUCUUUGUGGGCACAAACAAAUGACUGAGGACGUUAUAUCUGUUCUCACCACAGAUGGAGUCUCAAGAGACAAGAUAUUGAUGAACUUCUAAUUAUGACUGGUAUGCAUGCAGUCUUAUGUGUUGUGUAGCAUUCUCAACAAACAAUUGGAAUCUAAUUCCUUCAUUUUCUUGUGUGGAAGAUAAAGCAUUUCUGAUUUUGAUAAAUGCCACCUACCUUGGGAUCAUUGUUCGGAAAAGAAUAAGAAAUAAAAAGGAUCCUUCAUUUUGGGGCUCUUUAUGAAUA